AUGUCUUUUUUAGGUACUCUAAACCUUCAAUGUAAAGUUUCUGCGGACUGGUAUGCUGCAAUGGAUAAUCUGAAAUUUACAUAUCGUUAUAUGUGGGAAGAGGAAUUAUUUUCAGAUUGUGUAAUUAAGGUUGCAGAUAGGACCAUAAAAACGCAUCGUUGCAUUCUAGCAAAGAACAGCAAAGUAUUCCGCAAAAUGUUUGAGCAGACGGAAAUGAUUGAGGGGGUGACUGGAGAAGUCACAAUUAUCGACUUCAAACCAGAACCUGUUCAGGCAAUGUUGGACUUUUUCUAUACCGGCGAAGUUAAUAAAGACGUGAUGGAAAAGCAUGUUGAGGCUAUUUUUGCAAUUGCACAUAAAUAUCAAGUUUUGCCGUUGAAAUAUGAAUGUGAGGUGUUUAUGACUAACUUGAUUGGUAAGGAAGAGAAUUUUUUAUUCCAGGAAAAUUACAAAACUUGUAAAAUUAAAAAUAAACUUGAAUUACAAUUGUAA